UCGAGUGUAAAACUGAAUUAAGUUCUCUUAUAACUAGUUCUUCUUAAGUAGACUUCGUCCAUUCAUUCAAUUCUUGUGAUUUUUCAUCAACGCAUGAAAUUUUGUCCGUUACACUUUAUAACUGUGCAUUUUCCUCUGCAUGACACUCUACAUGUGUAACAUGCUCAUGAUUAUCGCAUCUGAAAUGUUGCAUGUUCUAACGUUGUUCGAAAAUGUUUAAAUGACUAACAAUCUCUUCGUGAUGGGCACUUCCUUGACAGUCUUUAAAAUCAGCUCCAAUCCAUCCAGAGAUAUUAAGAGACGUUCCAUUUUUACUUUUUCGAGGCUCUGAGGUGUGUACUUUGCGAUGAAUCGAUCGAUCUUACAUUUAAGCCUAUUGAAAAGUAUCGAUUAUCAAGGUGUUCGCAACGAGUGCGAGUAUGAACGUAGGACCCCAAUUUGCCUCUGGAUUUAUCAGUCUUUGGAGAGGAGAAAUCCAAACCACAAUAGAAAUUGCAUGAUAAUACUCUAACACAAAUGUGAUUAUUGGAUGUGAAAUGUUGCAUGUCUAACAUUGUUCGAAAAUGUUUAAAUGACUAACAAUCUCUCCGCGUUGAGCACUUGCUUGACAGUGCUGACAAUUCAAAAUUAGCUCCAAUUCAUCCGGAGACAUAAAGAGACCCUCCACUCACCGCUGAAUCGAGUUUGUGAUUUAUUACUGUUUAACUUUGAAUUCAAGUACACUGAGGAAAACUCGUGAUUAUCAUCAGCAAAAUAGUGGUAUUUUGUAUGAACUCCUGAUAAUGUGUAGCUAUGAAAAUAUGUGCCAGUUUUUCACUGGUUAUACUGAUACAAGUUUCCCUUAACAAUAAAAAAAUACUUCUAGUAUCGUUCAUGGCUACCUUCAACUAUGAGUCCAUUUAAAACACAUCUAAUUUGGUAAUUAUAAUCGCAAUUUGCCUUCAUUGUACUGUUUGUACAGUUGGACGUAUUUCUGUCGAACGGAACUGUGUGCAUGAUAACAUGAGCCCUGAGAUCCAUACGGAUGUAUGCAUAACAGAGCUCACUUCCUAAUGCACAUAGUUCUGUUUGGCAGAAAUACGUCCAAUUCAGUGAAGCUUUUCAGAAUUAUUUUCAUAUUUGUAUCGCUGUUCGUUUUCUGCUCCCCCCUUUAGGUCCCGCCCGCGGCCAAGUGUCCUUCCCAGGAGAGGCCCCAGAAUCCUGGUUCUCUUGUCACAUAUGCAAAGCUCAUUUCCUGACAAAAUCCAAACUGAUGAAUCACAUUAUGAAGCACUCGGAGGAAAUUAAAUGCGAGCACUGUGACAUGAUUUUCUUGCGAUUGGAUGUUCUGAAACGGCAUAUCAUGACCGAGCACCAGGAAGAAAUUAAGACGGGCGUAGAAAAGAGAGCCUCUGAAGACCCUGCGGAGGCAGUUUCCGAGGACCAAUCGGAGACAAAUUUUGAGGAGUAUGCGGAGGCGAAUUCCGAGGGCCAUGCAGGAACACUUUCCGAGGACCCUGUGGAACCGAUCCGUGGACGUCGGAACCGAGGAACUGCGGCAGCCUCCUGGCCUCCUGAGGGGCAACUCUUGACUUGCAACGACUGCAACAGAACUUUUAAGGCCCGGAGUAAUCUACUGGAUCAUAUGAAAGUUCACAGCGGAGAAACGAAGUGCAAAAUUUGUCACCGCGUGUUCUCAAACGUCGCAUAUAUGAAAUUGCACAUGCGCCUGAAGCACGGACAUGCUGCAAGACCGAGCGGAAAGAGGAAAUUGGCUUCAGGCGCAGGGCAACCAAAGGCUGCGGACUCUACUCCAAUGGCUACACUACAAGCUGUUACUUGUCAAGAUUGCGAAAGACGGUUUAAAACGCUCUCUGCCUUAAUCAACCACAAAAAAACGCACGCCAAGUACGCCAAGAAACCAGACUUUGUCUGUAACGUCUGUGGACAUGGCUUUGAAACUCCUUCUGACUUGGUCAACCAUAGGAGGACCCACUCUCGACCUGCAGAAAUUAAGUGCAAAAUGUGCAAAAAAGUAUUCUCAAAUAAGAACAAUUUGAGAUUUCACGUAGCCAUCACGCAUUACUGAACCAGGCACGCCUUGAAUUUUGAUUUUUCCUCUAACUAAUUUCUGGUUUCUGACUCUUUACAGUUAGUUAUUUUUGUUUUUAUAAUAUAGUAAUACAUUGAAUCAGUCACGUAGCCAUCACUCAUUCCAAUACCAGGAACGCCUUGAAUUUUGAUUUUUCCUUUACCUAACUUCUGGUUUCUGACUCUUUACAGUUAGUUAUUUUUGUUUUUAUAAUAAAGUCAUACGUUGAAUCAGCCACGUAGCCAUCACUCAUUACCGAACCAGGCACGUGCUGAAUUAUGAUUUUUCCUUUACCUACCUUCUAGUUUCUGACUCUUUACAGUUAGUUAUUUUUGUUUUUAUAAUAUACUAAUACAUUGAAUCAGUCACGUAGCCAUCACUCAUUACCGAACCAGGCACGUGCUGAACUGUGAUUUUUUUACCUGCCUUCUAGUAUCUAAACUCUUUACAGUUAGUUAUUUUUGUUUUUAUAACAUGAUUAUAAAUUUAACCAGUUAUAUCACAUUCUCUAUUCUUUACUGUUUAAAGUACGCACAAAGUUUGGCGAGGAGUUAUUGAAGGUCUUGUCCUGUGAUUUCUUUGCCUUUGAUCACAUCGCCAUGUGAUGCAUCCGUGCACACAAAAUUAAUGAAUUUACUUCGUUAAUCUUUCUUCUUUAAUAUUUUACAAAGAUACGACUCCUGAGGGCUGAUUAUUGAAUUUGUUGGACAAAGCGGCAGAAAAAAAAUACAAAGGUAAAACGGAGCGAUUAAAUUGGUUGAAACGGGCGGUUCAUAAAGACUGAAGAGGAAAGCAAAAGACUAUAACUUUAAGGUAUUUUUUGGGUUGCCGGUAGUUAUUCUAUUACUUACCCCCUCUGUCCAUAUUGCAAUCAACUAAUUACUUACCCUCUCUGUCCAUAUUGCAAUCAACUACUUCUAAUAUUAAGGUUGCUCCAUUUUAUCUAUGUCUUCUUAGCCCAUCGCUUUGACCAUCAAUCGCCUUAAUGGGCCUGGAGCAACCGUCAAAUCCAGAAAAUCAACCCCAAAUCUUGGUUUCAGCGUGUGAACUUUGCUUCCGUUAAAUGGGAAUCGAAUUACGUCUCAUAAACAACAUUUUUGAACAUGAAGCUAAUUUUUUCAGCUUAUCUGUAAAAAAGCUUGUUUUCAAAAGGAACCAAAAUACAUUUAUAUUCUUAUUAUAAUGAAACAAAAGAAUUAGUUCCUCAUCACUUAACUUGUCUACCUUCAUUUCUCAUUUGGGUGAUAUUUAGUAUCAUUAUUCGUCUCAUUAAUUGUAAGAAUAUGAUUUUUUCCUCCGAAUUCUUCCUCAUUUAUGUUAUAUUUAGUUUCAUUACUUGUCUCAUUAGUUGUAAGAUUAUUAUUUUCUCCUCCGAAUUUUUCCUAAUGUAUCGUUAUUAGUCUCACUAGUUAUAAGAAUAUUAUUUUCUCCACCCAAUUCUUCUUCAUUCUUGGGUGAUAUUUAGUUGCAAUACUCGUUACAUGUAAGAAUAUCAUUGUUCCAUUUCCCGUGAAUCAGCCAUUCAGCCACCUGUCAUUCAUUUGAAAAUAGAUUUGCUAAUAGACGCUAGUGUCCCUACAACACUCUCGCAUAUCAUGCCUGUGUUAACUUGAUUUUCAGUUUUUUGUUCAUUUACUCAUAUUAUCUAUCCUUAAAAUUGUCAUUAAUAUUGUAAAAAGCUAGGAUAUGUAUAAAUUACAUUUUUAAUUUAUGCAGUUAAACACAUAAACCCACCUGUACGCAUCCGUGUCAUUUUAAGUAGAAAAGGUAUUUUUUUUAAUCUGAUACUCUUCCGUUCUUUGUAUUGCUUUUAAGAGUAUUCUUGUUGCACUUGAUUGCACAAAAUAGUGAUCUCAUUGGAAGUAAUUUCACAGUAAUAAACUAGGUAAAAUCUCUUUUGGAAAUGCUGUCAAAGAAAAUAGUUGUCAGUGAUAAUAAAUACACAUAACUAUUUAGUUUUUGUAAGUGUAAUUUAAUCAUGUGUCAUUAAAAUUUAGCGCUUUAGUGGACCUUUCAGGAGCUUAUGUCUAGUUUUCUGAAAAUAUAUUUUCGCGUCACAGGUCUUAUUAAGUGUGAAUUCUACAUAUUUUUUCUUUCUAUUUUUACCUUGUUUUUUUUUUAUUUAUUCGAGUUUGUCCAAGUCAAUUUAAUAGCAUCAAUUCAACUUCGAAUUUUCUGUAUCGUCAAUUAUAUAUUGAAGCGAUAUAUUCUCAACUCUAAAGUUCUCUGAAAAAGAAUGAACAUGUGUGGCGAUAAAAGCUAUCAAAAACGCAAAAAUCUUAGUUCCAUUAAUUUUUGGAUGUUCAUUUUAAUACGUGCCCGUCUUUGUUCCGAACGUGUAUGCCACAUUCAUUAAUUUUAUUUUUCUACAAUUUUUGUCAUUAUUUUUUAACAUAAGUGAAUUUCGAACUUUAUGAAUACCGCACUGAACUUUACUUUACCAUUUGCCCCAUCGGAAUUAUUGCUCAUUGAGGAACUCAGAUCGUAGAAAAUAGCAUGUUCACCACAGUUCUUUCAAAUGAAGAACAGAAAACAGUAAGGUAUUUGAGUAGAAAAGGAGAGGGAAGUAUAUUCAUCAUCAAAAUAUGUAGCAUUUAAGGUGGUAUAUGUUCGUCCUCCUUAUUCUUAUCCACUCUUUCUUAGGGUGUGCUUAUUCCUUUUUGUUUCCCUAUUUCCUUGUGAAAUAUCCUUUUAUAACCGUAUAUUGUAUUCUGAUACAAGUUACAUACAUCGUCCAUAAGUUUGUUCGUCUGAAAAUGAUACUAUUUCGCAAGUCUCAGCUUUUGUACAUCAUCUUUCGAAUAUCGAUCUCUUUUUGUACACCAAGCUCUCAGGAAUAUUUUGAAACGUUAAAUGUUUCGAAUCUUGUUUUUCUGAAUAGUUCCCAGAAGUAAUACAUCUAAAUUUUUUCUGUAAUUUUCACUUGUCCAUUCAGUAUCACUUAGCUGUAAGUUUAUGGUUGCCUUAUACUUAUUUUAAAAGUUUCCGAUAUUCAUUAAAGUAUUCGUUCUUUUCGCAA